AUGGCGGCCAAAGGCGAUGUUGACAUGGCAGACGCGACGGCCAAAACACAAGAUCCAAACGACUACGCGGACUUGCUGCAAACAAACCAUAGCGACGCGUUCGCGUUUUCAGAUACCGAGGAGCUAGCCCUACAGCUCUACGAUCAGCUCAAGGAACUUGAGCUGCAGCAAAGCCUGCUACAAGCACAACAAUCAGGCACGUCUCGCACAUGGCGCAUACUGCCGCUGGUGACCGAGAACGAUGCUGUUUCCAUGAUCCAUGGCUCACUGACGUCGAAGCUUGCUUCUACGAAUAAAUCUCUGAGUGUGGCCGAACAGAACAACAUUGUUGCAAAUCAAAAGAACCGAGAGCUGGCGCAAACCAUGCUUGCUCUGGCCGAAGAAAUGAAGGCGCAGUCGGUGCAGGACAUUGAAGAUCCGCAAUUACGUCAACGUGUCGAUGCGGUCGAUAAGGAGCUCAAAGACUCGCGACGGAGGGUGAGGACGUUGAAAGGUAUAUUAUCAGCCAUGAUCGUGGGUAGCGGGAUCAACUGGGCUGCGGACGAGGGUCUGACGGAGCUCGUCAUGGAGGAUGAGGACGAUUGA